AUGUGGCGCCAAAGUUGUCACCAUCGUAGGCGAGGCCGCAUUACUCAGCAACCUGAGUUAGAACCCGCCUUUGACCGCGUCCAUGCGGGGAAGUCCGCACAGCGGCCACCCCAGCGGCCACCCCGCCACGAGCAAAACUGCACGCAGGCUCUCGGAGAGCGUACAAGCGGCGAUCAAAGACAUUGCACCUGGCGCAUUAGUAGGAAGUAA